UCUCCUUCUUGAUGAUACUGUGCACCUUUGGGAGGGGAGAGAAACAGCUUUGCUUGUGCUGGCUCUGCAUGGAGACACAGGCGCUCUGAGGUUAGCGGAUGGGCUCAGCCAUCCGGCCCGAGGGAGCCUGCGACCGCCGGGGCUUCGGGGGUUAAAUCCACUCGCCACAAAUUGAGGAACAAGAUUAGGGAAUAAGGAUCCUACUAAAUUCCUCGUGAUCCCAAGCCAUGGGAAAACGGGACGAGGCACCAUGAGUCACUCUCUGGAGAGGAGCGGUGUCUCAAAGGGGAGUCAGCCAGGAGGCAAGAGCACCCGCUGUGGGCAGAGCGGCGAGGGAGCACGGCGCGGUGGACUCCAGCUCGCUGGUGAUGGAGAGCAUCUCCUCUUCCCCUUUGCCCUUCACCACUUCCCCCGCCGUGCAGCCCGAGAACGCCACUGCCCACGACUACUACUCCGGCCUCCAGAAGAGCAUGCACGUCCUCUCCAUGGUGGUGUACAGCAUUGCCUGUUUGCUGGGGGUGACAGGGAAUGGCCUCGUCAUCUGGAUCACAGGCUUCAAGAUGAAGAAGACGGUGAAUUCCAUCUGGUUCCUCAACCUGGCUGUUGCUGACUUCAUCUUCACCUUCUUCCUGCCCCUCAGCAUCGCCUACACUGCCCUGGGCUUCCACUGGCCGUUUGGGAAGCUGCUGUGCAAGCUGAACAGCACCAUCGCGUUCCUCAACAUGUUCGCCAGUGUCUUCCUCCUGACGGUCAUCAGCAUGGACCGCUGCGUUUCCGUGGCUUUUCCCGUCUGGUCUCACAACCGCAGGAGUCCAGAGCUGGCAGCCAGGAUCGCACUGGGGACGUGGGUCCUGGCUCUCCUCCUCAGCUCCCCGUACUUCGUCUUUCGGGACACCGUGGUCAGCCCCAGGAACAUCACCAGCUGCUACAAUAAUUUUGCACUGUCCAAUGAUUACACGUCCGAGGCAACACGGAGGCUGUGGAGGAUGCGGCAUAAAGUGAUGAUCAUAACACGAUUCUUAUGCGGGUUCCUCAUCCCCUUCACAGUGAUUCUCAUCUGCUACAGCAUCGUUGCCAUCAAGCUGAAAAGGCGGCAGUUAGCCAACUCCGCAAAGCCAUACAGGAUUAUCAUUGCUGUCACAGUCUCAUUUUUCCUCUGUUAUUUUCCCUAUCAUGUCUUCUCCUUGCUGGAAAUAUCCAAAAACUCCUCCAGUCAUGAGAUGAAAAUGGCCCUUUACAUAGGGAUCCCCUUGGUUUCCAGCCUUGCUUUCUUCAACAGCUGCAUCAACCCCAUCCUGUAUGUAUUUGUGGGGCCAGAUUUCAAGGAGAAGUUUCGCCAGUCCAUCCUGUCAGCCUUUGAAGGGGCCUUCAGUGAGGAGUCGGUCCUGGGCAGCCUGACCAGCCGGAGAAAGUCCAGGUCUGCUUCGGAAGCGGAGGUCCCGAGGGUCUGAGCAGGCGCUGGUCUGUGCCGCAUUGCUGGCACUGCUGGAGGGAGCCGUUCUGUUCUCUGUGAUUUCCCCUCAUUUCAGAGCUAUGAUCGCAGGACCGGGGGCUGCAAAGGGCUCUGCAUGCUGACAAAGUGGGAUUUGAUGUUUUGGAGGGAUCUCAAGCCUACUAUGACUUCAUGCGCUAUGGAAAUCAAACAGCUCUCCGGAGCUGCAGCAGGGUGGGAAAGUCCAAGUACGUUUUGCUCCUUGUGCCGCUUCCUUGGCUGCCGCAUUUCCCUGUACCGUUUCCAUCCCCUGUGGUCCAUCACACCUGGGAAAUUGUCCCCCUGGCUGCAUGUGCUGAGAGGGCAGCCCCAGCCUGGGCGGUGGCUGCUGGUUGUCAGACUUGGUUGCCUCAGCGCUGCUGAUCUGUUGCAGCUUCUGGUUUUUAACAGGGGACCCUUUAUAAAAUUUGCCAGGUUUGUGACUCCGCCGGCAGAGCUCCCUUUACUUUCCUCUCCUCCGGGGCUCGCGAGGAGGCAGCUUGCAGGCACUCUCCGUGCUGCCGCCCAGCCCAGCCAGGGUCACCCUACACACGCCCGGGGGAGGCAGUCAGGGCCAAGUCCUGUUUGCAGCUCCAUCGGGUUCACCUGCCCGCAGUGCCUCUGCACGUGGUGAGCGAGGGGAGAGGUUGUUCCCUGCCCUUGCCAGACUCUCCUGGCAGCUCAUCUUUGCUGGGUUUCCACCGAGGGAAAAAUCAGGUGCAGCUGCACCAGUGGUGUACGGCUGUGCCAGCAUUUUGGCUGUCCAGAGGAGCAGAGGAGGGAGGGAAGGGCUAUUCCAUAAGUCCCUUGUAAUUAAAUCAGUAAAGAAAAUACAAAGACCCUUUCCCAUGUAUCAUUCCAGUCUGACACAUGGGCUGCUAAAUCUUAAGGAGAAAAUAAUUUUUACAAAAGCAGCUUGAACAUGCAGUGGGACCCAUCCAGAGCCACUCUCACAAAUGCAUCUUUUAAAGAAACAGGGUUAAAUGAAAUGACUAUAUGUAUUUUUGUAAGGUCUGGACUAGCCAGUAAGACACUCAUCUUUCCUCUCCCAACAGCUGUGGCAGGAUGAAUUAUUGGUUGCUUUCCAGUUACUCAGGUUUGAUGUACAGCAUAGCUAUUUCCAAGCAAAGCUUGUCUGCGUGCAUGUUAGACAUCUUUCUGGCCCUUAAAUAGCAGAGAUCUGCCAUUUUCUACUGUUGGUGAAUGAAUAUUAAACCCCAUUAAACUUAUGUAAAACAUA